AUGAAAAAAAUUACGUUAAUACUAAUAAUAUUUGUGUUGUGUGUGCAUUUAUUUGAGGCUAAGGACUUCGUGGAUGGUACUCGAGUGAAUAAUUUGUUGAUAUUGACUGACAAAGUGGUUUACAAAGCAAUACCCUUGAUAAGAAGGGACAAGGAUUACACCUAUCAGGAUCCAAAACAAAGAGUUAUUAAGGGCAUCAUAGCCCGUGACCUCUCACGGACAGAUGCAGAGGUGACGGUGGCGGCUGGCGGCGUGGGCGAAACACACGUCACUUUGCACUUUAAGAGCGAGAGGGGAGUGGGCCUAAAUUAUCUUAUACUUAUAUUUACGAAAGAUAAA